AUGGCUGCCGAUAUCGCCCCCCAGUUUGGGGCAGAGCUAAAGGAUUCAUUCAAACCAGUCAACAAUUGGGUCUCAAAUGGUAUAUCGUGGGUGGAGGAAAUCAACCAAUUCUAUCGCGAGCGCAGCGCCAUCGAAAAGGAAUAUGCGGCCAAAUUGACCGCCCUUUGCAAGAAAUAUUACGAUCGCAAGUCGAAGAAGAUCAGCCCCUUGAGUGUCGGCGACAACCCUACCCUGACCCCCGGAUCCCUUGAAAGCGCCUCCUUGACAACAUGGACAACACAAUUGAAUGCGGUGGAAUCUCAUGCCGCCGAGCGGGACAAGUUUGGCUCCGACUUGGUGGUACAAGUGGCGGAUCCUCUCAAACAUGCUGCAGCUCAAUAUGAAGAGAUUCGCAAGUGCCAUGUCGAUUACCACAGCAAGUUAGAAAAGGAACGAGAAGCUGCCUAUGGAGAUCUCAAGAAGGCUAAGGGGAAAUACGAUGGCGCAUGCCAGGAAGUCGAAUCUCGCAGAAAGAAGAUGGAGUCGUCAUUCGAUCAUGGUAAGAGCAAGGCGCAAACGGCAUACCAGCAACAAAUAUUGGAGAUGAACAAUUAUAAGAACCUCUACCUCAUUAGCAUCAACGUGACCAAUAAGCUGAAGGAAAAGUUCUAUCAUGAAUAUGUGCCGGAGAUUCUUGAUGGGUUACAAAGUCUCAACGAAACUCGAGUCGCGAAGAUGAACACGAUGUGGACACUUGCAGCUCAACUGGAGAAGUCAUGCCUCGCAAAUAGCACUGAGCACAUGGCGCAUCUGCUUGUCGAAAUCCCUCGCAAUAAUCCCCGACUGGACUCUUUGAUGUUCCUUCAGCACAACGUGACGCAAUCGCAGGAACCUGCAAACCUCGGCUUCGAGCCAAGCCCGGUAUGGCAUGAUGAUGCUUCGAUUGUCACAGAUGAGGCAGCAAAGGUAUUCCUGCGCAAUGUUCUGGGUAAGAGUAAAGGCCAGGUCCGUGAACUACGAGUUGAGGCAGACAAGAAGAAGCGGGAAGUUGAAGGUAGCAAGAAGGUCCGGGAAGCCAUUCAAAGUGGCAAAGAUAAUCGAAACGAACUGGAUGUCGUGCGCUCUAUCUUUUACCUUCAAGAAGCGUUGCACGAGGUGGAUAGAAAAUGGGUGACAGCCGAAGUCGAGACCGCAACAAUCAUGGCAGUGGCCGGAGACUUGUCAUUUGGAGCCCAGAAUCAUAAUUUCCGCUCUCAGACAUUCAAAAUCCCGACGAACUGUGAUCUUUGCGGCGAGCGAAUCUGGGGACUGUCGGCCAAGGGCUUUGAUUGUCGCGAUUGUGGAUACACCUGCCACAGCAAAUGCCAGAUGAAGGUGCCAGCCGAGUGUCCAGGCGAGCAAUCAAAGGAAGACAAGAAGAAGCUCAAGACGACACGACAAGAACAAGCCGGUGCCAUGCCUGCUAUUGAUAUCGACUCACCUGUUGCAUCCUCUCGUCCUACGUCACUAACACGGCAAAAUACGAUGAACUCUCUAAGCUCCGGAUAUGCGGCCAGUACGACUCGAUCGACGUCUAAUGUGGCCACUCAACCUACUCCAGAAAAUCCAGAAGAAGAGGCUGCUCCUACUCCGGUCGCGGAGACUAAGCCAGCUGCUGCUAAGAGGCAUCGCGUGCUUGCGCCUCCCCCAACCGCGUACAUGGCUGCACCUCCACCAAUCGAGUCGAGUUCAAAGCCUAAAGAGCCGCACGGCAAGAUGCUCUACGCUUAUCAAGCUACUGGCGCAGAUGAGGUUACCGUAGAAGACGGCGAUGAUGUUAUGAUUGUCCAACCAGAUGACGGAUCCGGAUGGAUGCGUGUUCGCGCUGGAGGAAGCGAAGGUCUCGUUCCGAGUGCAUAUGUAGAGGCCGCCCCAUCUCCCUCCCCCGUGCCAUCUGCCAGUCCUGCCAUGACGGACCGACCAGGCUCCGUCUACUCCAAUUCCUCUGCAUCACUGGCUGGAAGCGCAGCACAAAAGCGCGUCGGUCCAGCGGUGGCACCUAGAAGAGGGGCCAAGAAAUUGCAAUAUGUCGAGGCAUUGUACGAAUAUGAAGCCCGCAGCGAUAUGGAGUGGAACAUGGCCGAGGGUGACCGCUUUGUCCUCAUCAACAAGGAUAGCGGUGAUGGCUGGGCUGAUGUUGAACGCGGUGGUGUUACUAAGAGUGUUCCGGCAAACUACAUCCAGGAGGUGUAG